CAGACUAAUGGAGGAAAAAGAGGACACUUUUGCCGAGGAAACUGAUCCCAGCGACAAAAAACCAAAGAUUCCAGUCUUUAGAAAUAGAGUGUCAAGUGCGUCCGAAAUGAAUGGGUCUACAAAUCGAUUCUUUUCAAAUACAUCAUUUCCCUUUUCGAACUCGUCCUCGCCGACUGAGAUGGAUCCUCAGUCCAGUGAUAUGGAGAUACAGAUUUACUCCAACUCCAGCUCGUCUGGAUAUUCUGACAGCUUUACGUCGGAGAGCAUGCAGAUGAAGCUCAGAGAGGACAUGGUCGACGGCAAAGAUAACUGUAUACUGCUCACAAAUGGACCAAUCAGCAUGUCUCUGAUGGAGGCCAAACUGUGGUACAAAUUUUUAGAAGUUGGGACUGAAAUGAUUAUCAAUAGAACAGGAAGGAGAAUGUUCCCGUACGUGGAAUUUUCACUGAGAGGUUUGGAUCCUGUUGGAUUAUACGACGUUAUCUUUGACAUCAUUCCAGCAAGCAAUAAAUGUUUCAAGUUUUUAAACAACAAAUGGGUGCCCAUUGGGAAAAAAGAACAUGAAUUCAAGACACAGCCUUUUAAACAUCCCGAUUCGCCAAGAAUCGGUUCGGAGUGGAUGGCCAGAAAAAUAUCCUUUGAAAAAGUAAAGCUCUCAAACAGGCCUGGAUCAAAAUCGGGAAUAUUUACUCUCCACACCCAACAGAAGUACUUGGUGCGAAUUUCCCUCGUAAAGCAUGAGAAGGGGGGCGAAGUGUCGGUAGUGGAGUAUCCCAUCCAAGCUACUACAUUCGUUGCCGUCACUGCCUACAACAACAGAGAGGUUGCGGACUUAAAAAUAAACAGUAACCCAUAUUCCAAGGCUUUUAGAUAUCCUGUGAAAAGAAUGAAGAUCCAAUCAUUCAUACCUAAUCAAGCAAGAACUCAUGUCACCAAAAAUGGUGCAAAAAAGAAAUCCGUGAUCGCCAAUAUUCAAAAAUAUCAAAAGGUUCCUCAACAGAAUCUUCCAAUUGACGUUUCCCCAAUAAAUAAAAAAGCAAAAACAAGCUAUGUCUCAUCGGAAACGAAUAACAAAAAGGGCAUUCAAACAGAUAUAUCAAUGGCAGAUAUGCAGUUGUGGUAUAAAUUUUUAGCAAGCCCUCUAGCCAUGAGCUUCCUUGAAAUGAACGUUCCUUUACCCAUCUUUCCACACGUGAACGGCAACAUCUGUGAACAAGAUUCAUACAAUGGAUAUAAUGGCGCCUUUUUACGUCGGAGAUUUCUUGUUCCCCCAUCAACAACCUCAUCAUCAUCCGACAACCAGAACGACGAAGAGAUGCAAAACAAAAUCAUUAAAAGGGACAUUGCCAGGGAGGAACGAAAAAUGCAACAUGAUGCCAGAUUAGAAACAUCGGAUAUAAAAGAGUCUGACGACGUUCCGAAACACAUCGGCCGCGAACGCACGACAGAGGAGCGCUUGGAACAGUACAAAUCAAGGAUGGAAAAACACUGCAACAAGCAUAGUGGUCAUAGUGGUGCCUUUUUACCAAGAAGGUUCCUCAUACCCGCAGAGAGUAUAUCAUCAUCAUCAGAUAAUCAAAAGGAGGAGGAGAUGCAGAACAAAAAUAACAGCCGGGAACGCACAACACGAGAGGAACGACUGGAGGAAUACAACGCUAGGAUUGAGAUGUGGAAAAGGGACAAAGAUUAGCAAACAGCUGAAACCACCUAUGUUGUAAUCAGCUGACUUUUCUGAUGAAGGAAGAGAGAUCUCAACAAAUGCCAUUAUUUAAAAUUCAACGUGAUUUUUGUUGUUGUUGUUGUAAAUGAAAUUGAUAUUUUUUGGUUAUUCUACAAGGGAUUUUUCUUUUCAUUUUAGUGAAACAUUUUUAUACAUAUUCAAGAUGUUUUUAUAUACCCAUUGAUAUGAACAAAUAGAAUAAUGUCUGUUUUAAUCAGAUUUGAUAAAAGAAAAGGGAAGUUUAAAACAGAAAGACUGACAACAUGAACCUUAUUACAUAAACGAGUAUAAGGAUGUGGCAUUGAAGAUUGACAUUUUUUUCUACAUGUGGUCGCAGGAAAUGGACACUGAUAAAAUUCAAAGUAUCUUUAUGUUAUGUGAUUUUUUAAAGAACAGAACAGAGACAUGAUUUGAUUUUGAUUAUAAGAAGACACAAAUUUGUAGCUUUAAAUUUACAAAAUCUACAGCAUUUAAGGCAAGCUUAAUGUAUAUAUUUUACAGCAUCAUGAAAAGAAAAGUAGUUAUAUAUGCUACAUUGUAUCAUAUUUAGCAAUAUCAAGUUAUACGUGAGAUAAGCCGUGCUCAUCUAUCUUCCUUGCACAUAUGCAUGUUUUGACUUGGGACAAUUUACUUUUACUACAAUAUUAUGUCACGUGUCCUUUAUUGUUGCGAUAUCAUUUGUAUGGCAUUAUUUUUUUGUUUUUUGUUUUGCUAACAAUUACUUGUGACUUUCCAAAAGUAUUAAUUACAUAAUUAAUUCUUUUUAAAAUAGUGUAAAUAAAAUUUCUGAAUUGAAAGGUUAUUGCACAUUGAUGCUAUGGUUCUGAGUAAGCCAGUGGUUUUUUGUUUGUUCAAUCAAUUCAUCAAAUGUUCAAAAAGCUCUUUGUGAAAUUUCAGUGAAGCCUAUUACUUUACUUUUUGAUGCAAUCGAUUUUGGCUGUUUAUGUCUUUGAUAAGAUAGUAUUAACAUUGUUUGUCAGUGACAACCCAGUGAAAGUGCUACUAUUUAAUUACUUUGUUGACUAUGAUAUCAGUGCCUUGGUGAAAUCGCUGCCAUCUAUACUUUCAUUUCAUUAUUUAUUUUCAUCAAGAGUCACAGUGUCUAUUAUACAGAUGUACGUAGUUUUAUUCAGAAAUACUUAUUGUUUUAAUCUGUUUUCUUUUUUUCCGGUCCCUGUCUUAUAGGGGUGGAUGGUCCUAGCUAUUUUUAGGCUUUAUGUACCUCCUUCAUACGAAAAGCUCUUAAUAAAGAUACAGUAAAAUAUUUUGAUUUUUCUUCCCAAAAUAUAGUCUGAAAUAAAAAAAAAUAUCAUAUGUUCAAGUUUUAGGCUGAUCUGAUGAUUAAUUUGUUGAACACCCAACCUCCUUUAAAAGUCUUUUGUUUGCAAAUACGUAAUGUAAAAGUGAUUAUUUAUGAUUAACAAGACAAAAUUUUUGAUUUUUUUAACAUACGCCGCGGGAGCAUUUUACGCGGUUUUAACUUUUCCGCUCGUGUACUUGUACAAAUUUCCUCCACUCGUAAAUAACAAUUUUUUGUUUAAAACUUUCUUAAGGCGUUUAAUAUAGUACAUGAAUUGCCUUUAACUUAUUUUUUGAACAAUUAGAUAUCGAUGUUGUGUGUUACACUGAUAUGAGCCCUUCUUUUGCCUAAGUGUGUGUUGAUGAAAUGUUACAAAGUCACAUUAGAAAAGCGAUUAUAUAACAUUGUAAAAAAUUUAAUGGUUUUAAAAUUUGAUAUCUUUUGUACAGACACGUAUGUCAAAUUUCCCGAAUGUUUUUAUUCUUUGCAUUUUGUGUCCUCAUUGAUUGAAUUCAUAUCAGUUUGUCCCAUCUGAUUUACACAGUUUUCUAUUGUAUCUUUCUAUUGUUAGGAAAGCUUUGCCAAAACUACUCGAUGUGAUAUAGAUAUAACUCGUUGUCAUUGUCAUUGAUGUGAAACAAGAAUCAAAAACAUGUGACACAAGCACAAAAUGUGGCUUAAAUGAGAGAUUGAUUCGAGACAUGUGGGUGUUCUUUAAGAUGUUUUAGUCAUGUAUAUGAAGCUUUCAGACCCGUUUUAAAACUUAUUUUGUCUAAAAUGGGUUCCAUUGGAGUCUUCAUUUUGCUUACUUUGUUUAUCGAAACUGAAAGCGUUCCUCUGGGAUUUGAAGCACCAGUGGGAGGGAACCGAGUCGAGGAAUUGUACUUAUAAAGGCAUUGAGUAUCCACCAGGAUCUUUCAAAACGCAUGACUGUAAAGAAUGCGUUUGUGCAGGUGAUGGGGAAAUGGAAUGUACUGAGACUAAGUGUUUUGACUACCCAUGCGUCGACAAAGUCCACCGACCAGGGGACUGCUGUCCAAUGUGCCCCAACGGUCAGAACUGCAAAGCCCCCGAUGGAACUGUUGUCCUAUACGAAGAGGACUAUGCGAUGUCGGAGAACGUUGUGUGUGUAUGCGACAAAGACCAAUAGGCAGAGCUGGAAGCGUCGUGUAAAUCCAGAAAAUGACAGUAAAAUGAUACAUCAUGAUAAUGUAGAGAUGUUAUUGGACUUCAUGUAAUAAAGUUCUUUGUCACGGA